CACCACAUAUGAUGGCUCCUGUUUGGUUACCAAAAACCCUUCUUCUGGUUGUUUUGCUGUCAGCAGAAAGCUACACAAUUCCUGAAGAUGCCUGGUGCUACAAUGAACCACGAUGUGCGCCUAACACAUGGUUAUCCCUCGGUCAUUGUAACGGCAAGAGACAGUCUCCGAUUGACAUCAUUUCUGGAAAAGCCACUUAUAACUCGAGCCUGGGUGCUGUGAAUCUCACUGGCUACGGUGACAGGGAAAAACUGUUGGAGAUAAAGAACACUGGGAAAACAGUUGACAUAGAAUUGGCUAGUGGUCUCCUCCUGAGUGGCCCCGGUUUCCCGGCUCCAUAUACAGCCAAAGCUUUCCACCUCCACUGGGGGAAUGGUGUCUCUAGGCCAGGAUCCGAACAUUAUAUCAAUGGAAAACGUUACGCCAUGGAGUUACACAUUGUGCAUACGAAAAACAACCUAAGCAUCUCAGAUGCAGUGAAGGAUCCAGAAGGCAUUGCUGUGUUAGGAUUCUUUGUUGAGGGCUCUAAAAAUGUGACGGCCAAGACAGCUGAAGCCUGGGAAGAAUUUAUAAAGAACCUUGAAAAAGUAUCUGUAAAAGGCAAAGAAGAGGAACUCGAAAGUACCGUCUCUCUGCUAGACUUGUUGGGCUCCACAGACCUUGCCAGCUACUACCGCUAUCUUGGAUCUCUCACCACUCCUGGCUGCAACGAGGUUGUCAUCUGGACCAUCUUUACUGAUCCUAUUUUGGUACCUCCCAAAGUGGUUGAGGCCUUUCCAUCUGAACUCUAUUCGACAGAGUCCUCCAAUGGGCCACAGCUAGAGAAUAACAAUCGCCCUUUACAGAAGAAUGGGGACCGGAAAGUGGAAGCAUCUUUCAAGCUUCAUUCUGCUGCCUCCCUUGUCUCUCAGUCAGCAACAUUUCCCCUCUUUCUUUUCAUCCUUACUCUUAUGUCUUUCUUACCCGCAUAAAGGCCUGAGGAGGUGGAAACCAGAUGGAGGGUGAGUUAGCAGGCUCUUCUCAGGGUUCAAAGCCAGAACACUAUCCUUCCCAUCCCACCAGAAACUGUUAUGUAUUUCACCACCAUCUGCCUUAUCAACUCAAAUGAUGUGAAAAGGAUGGGAAGUGUACAUUUCAGCCAAGCAAGGAGUACGAAGAAGAGACAGAUGGAAUUUCUACGUCCAGCUUUAAGGAAGGCUGGUCUGUAAGAGCUACUCGUAGAACUCACAUGAAACUAUCUACUCAAAACUAGCUAGUUUUGGUGUUUGAAAAUCUCAGACUCUCAAUUAAAAGGCAAAA